GCAGAGGCAACGCGGCCCGGCAGCGCCCUAGAGAGAUAGGUGGCCUGGCGUCGGCGGCAAUAUCACUGCUCCGUCUCCUGCUUGUGGAACCGGUGACGCCGCAGAGCGCUUGGAUGACUCAGUCGCGACUGGCGUCUUUUCGGCGCCUCUGAGCAUGUGCAGAGUGCCGGCUGCUGGGCAGGGAGUGUCUCUGGGCGGCCAUUUUGAGCCUCUCCCCUCCCUUUCCGGCCUCACCUGGGCGGACAGGUGUCGUCCGAGGAAGUGGCGAGGAAAAUGGGGCUCUCGCGGAAGAAGCCUGGCGGUGGGAUCCUCCUGCUUCUAUGGGCCUUUGCCAGAGUCCACUCCCUGGAGAUCCAGGCUGACUCAGACGUCCAGGCCUUUGUGGGUGAGGCCGUGAUCUUGAAGUGCUGGUUCAAGUCCUCCUUCCCAGUCACAGAGAAGCUCACCAUCGAUUGGACAUACCGACCUCUUGCAGGGGGCAGUUUGGAGCCGAUCUUCCACUACCAGUCAGAUGCCUAUCCAGCUAAGACGGGCACCUUCCGUGACCGGGUAUCCUGGGUUGGAAACGUGGCCAAGCGGGAUGCUUCCAUUAGGAUCAACAACCCAAUGAUGGAUGACAACGGGACGUUCACCUGCGCAGUGAAAAAUCCCCCUGAUGUGCAGCAUAACAUCCCCCAGACUAUGCUGACUGUCACUCAGAGAGGGGCCUCCUUCCAGCUGACGUCAGCUGGGCUUCUCUCCAUCCUGGUCUUCCUCCCCUCAGCCAUUGUGGUGGCCUUGCUCCUGGUUCGAAUGGGCAAGAAGCUCGGGGUGCUGAAGAGCAAGAAGAAGUGCAGCUACAAGAAGUCCUCCAUCGAAGUCUCUGAAGAACCUGAGCGACCUAAGUGCAAGGAGAGGCUGGCCGCCUGGUGUCUGCGAUGUCUGGAUUCAGAUGAUGAGGAUCCUUACUGACUUGAGGACAAAGGUAUUUUUUCUGAAUGUCAUCUGAAGGCCAGCAGGAUACAUCCCAGUGAUUCUUCAAUGAAUGGAACUUUGGCGCUGGACUUCAUGGUGUCAGGAGGGCUCUGAUGGUGUGUGUGAGAUCAGGUUCUACCUCAUGUUGGGGAGCAUCAAGAUGUUACAGCUUCUCUUUGGUUGGUGUGGCUCUUGCCCUGUUUCUCUGGAUGGAGAAUGCAGCCUGUGAGGAUUACAGCUGUCUGUUUGGACUGUUGGGUUCUGGGUAAGAUGACCUGUGCUGAUUGACACUCUUGAGCUGCUGCUUCUCCACACACUGCGUUGAACUCAGCCACCCUUUAGCACUUGACUCAUGAAAGGUAUUACUUGGUCCUCCUCCUCCUUGCCAUAUUUUUGCACAAACCUCCCGUCUAUUUCCUACUCCCGCAGCAGCAGCAGCAACAACAACAACAGCAGCAAUAACAAAAUGCUUGGAAAUGGUGUGGGCACCUUGUGUCUGGUGGCCAGUUACCACUGACAUGGAGAAGUGGAGAAAGGGCUGGGCUAUAUCUGAAGCAGGCAAAUGUUAGUGCCUGCAGUGGCUUGCAGAGAGUUGGGCAGGUAUUCCAUGGCUCAAGGUACCAGAGAGGUUCACUGUGCUUUUCUUUCCAGUGAGAGAGAAGGGCCACUGUGUGAUCUUCUCCUUUGGCUGCUGCCCUUGGCUGCUGGUUCAAAGCCAAGCUGGUCGUAGGCAGUGGAACCAGAGCAGGUAAUGGUGGGGGGACUGGGCUUCCUUGUAAUGAAAGCCAAGUGCGGCAGCUGGCCUUGUGCUGGGGAACCUGGGGCUGGUAUUGUGUUCCUAGGUUCAGGCAUCUUGGAGCUAAAAUGUAAGAAAAGCCUUCAUUUGGAGAUCUAUGCACACCUCAGGAUGUCCCCCAAAGGCACAAGCAUUUGGGAAGCCCUGGGACAAGACUCUAGAGCAGUGGUUCCCAAUUAGCUAAGUACCGUGGACCCCCUACUUUUGAAAAUGUUGUUAUCUCUAUGGCACGUGAAUGGUGCCAUGGACCCUCUGGAUGGGUUACACUGCCUCACUGGGGACUGUGGGCCACCGGUUGGGAGCCCCUGCUCUAGAGGACUGUUCCGCAUUUACUUACAGAAGAAUUUCCUCUUUGUCAGCCUGACUUUCCUCUCCAGAAUUGCUGCUUGUGUGUGUGCAGAUGCCAAUAUGUGCAUUGUCUCCUCCUCUUCCACAGACAUUCAUUCUUCAGUGGGGCCUUUCUGUGGAUAGGGGCUGGGGGAGGAGGAUUCCCAUCUCUCCUGUAGCCAAUAAACAUCUUUUACCAA